AAUCCAAUGCGUGAUUGGCGGGAAAGGCAAAAAAUGGCGCUGGUGGAGGUUUGAAGUGACACCGCCGAACAGCGCCAAGAAGACCCGGCUAACACCGCCUGGAAGUGCGCGAGGACGAGGAAGAAGGCGCCACGACCGACACUGAAGAUGUUCGAGGACCUGUUCGAAAGCUCCUGCGUUCUCCAGCCUCACGCGCCUCUGCUGAGUGGAGUGGAGCUGUGGGGGCGUGGGUUAGUGGAGGAGGACAGCCUGAGUGUGGGACAGUUUGUUCUCUGUCAUUGGUCGGAUGGACUCUACUACCUUGGCAAGAUACUAAGGGUCAGCCUCCCCAGACAGAGCUGCUUCGUCACGUUUGAGGACAACUCCAAGUUUUGGGUCCUGUGGAAGGACAUCCAGCAUGCUGGAGUGCCAGGGGAGGAGCCUCGUUGCUCAGUGUGUCAGGAGGCGGGUCUAAGAUCUGCCAGUCAAAGCAACCAAAUCCUGAUUUGUGGAAAGUGUGGAAUAGGCUUCCACCAGCAGUGCCAUGUUCCUCCUGUAGAGGGCAGCAGUGACAGUCCCUGGUUUUGUAGACGUUGUGUCUUCGCCCUAGCUGUCAGGAAAGGGGGCGCUCUGAAGAAAGGGCCUAUAGCCAAAGCUCUGGUAGCUAUGAAGCAGGUUCUGUCAUACGACCUUGAUGCUCUGGACUGGGACUCUCAGCAUCGGACCAAUCAGCAACAGUGUUACUGCUACUGUGGAGGACCGGGAGAGUGGUACCUGAAGAUGCUUCAGUGUUUCCAGUGUCAGCAGUGGUUCCAUGAAGCGUGCACGCAAUGUCUGCAGGACAGCAUGAUGUUUGGAGACAGGUUCUACUUCUUCCUGUGUUCCAUCUGCAACAAAGGAUCGGAGUACGUCCGGCGUUUAGCUCUUCGCUGGGUGGACGUGGUCCACCUGGUUCUGUACAACCUGUCACUUAGCAGCAAGAAGAAGUACUUUGAACUUGAUGAAAUCCUGGCCUUUGUGUCUUCCAACUGGGAUCAUUUGCAACUGGGAAAGUUGGGAAACACUCCUCCACCAGACAGGGGGCAGCACCUGCUGGAUGCCCUCAACAAAUACAAGAGCAAGUUUCUGUGCGGAAAGGAGAUCAAGAAGAGGAAAUGCAUCUUUCGUCUGAGGACGCGUGUUCCCCCCACGCCUUCCUCUAAACUAUUCCCUGAGCGUGCUCACUAUGAAGGCGGGCGGGGCUGUAAGAAGGGUGUUGGCAGGAUGAGUGCUUCAUCAGAGAGGAGGAAGAGGAAGUCCAAGUGGUUGUUGGAAGACGCCAUCCCCAAUAAUGAGCUGACUUGCAGUUGGAUGUGUCAACACCACAUGGCCAACAUCUUUGACUUCACCCUGGAUGAACUUCACAAGCUCAGGAGUGGGACGUUGAGUGUUGAUCAGGAAUCCACAGAUGUUUCCACAUCUGGUUCCGUUACCACCAGUAACUCCUACCAGCCAGCCAGGGACGUGUGUGUGUGUGGUGGUCGAGGCAAAAACCCGGGUGUGGGAGGAAUUCGGUGAGGCCAUGGGGCACGACUUUCGGUCGGCCUUGAAGAGGUUCUGUCAAACUGUCCGACGCCUCAGAAAGGGGAAGCAGUGCCUGGUCCACAAUGGCUACAGUGGGGAUAUAGUGGACGGUGGAAGGAAUACUUUGAGGCCCUUCUCAAUCCCACUGACAUACCUUCCAUAGAAGAAGCAAAGUCCAAGGACACAAAUGCAGACAGUUUCAUCACCGUGGCUGAGGUAACUUGGUAAUAAAAACUCUCCCCAGUGGCAAAGCUCUAGGGGAUGGAUGAGUUUGCCCUGAAUUCCUCAUGGCUCUGGAUGUUGAGGGACUGUCUUGGCAGACGCGUCUCUUCAACAUGGCGUGGAAGUCGGGAACAGUACCUCUGGAUUGGCAGACCAGGGUGGUGGUCCCCCUUUUCAAGAAGAGUGACCGGAGGGUGUUUUCCAACUACAGAGGGGACACACUCCUCAGCCUUCCUGGGAAAGUCUAUUCCAGGGUGCUGGAGAGAAGGGUAUGACCUUUAGUCGACUCUUGGCUACAGGAAGUGCAAUGUGGUUUUCAUCCCGGCUCUACACCCUUCCAAGGGUACUGGAGUGGUGUGGGAGUUUGCCCAACCGGUCUACAUGUACUUUGUCGACUUGGAAAAGGCAUUCGACGGUGUCCCUGUGGGGGGGUGCUUGGGAGUACGGGAUGGGUGGUGCUACUACAUGCCAUUGGGUCCUUGUAGAACCGGAGCAGGAGCCUGGUUGGCAUUGCCAGCAGUAAGUCCAGCCUGUUUCCGGUGAACAUUGGCCUCUGCCAAGGCUGCCCUGUGUUACCCGUUCUGUUCAUCAUUUUCAUGGACACAAUUUCUAGGCCCAGCCAAGGCGUCGAGGGAGUCCAGUUCCGGGGCCUUAGGAUCUGGUCUCUAUUUGCAGAUGAUGUGGUCCUGAUGGCCUCAUCGGGCUUGGAGGAUUAUUUGCCUUCCUUUUUAUGCUUUUCUUUAUGAAGUGGCCAAAGGCGGGCAGCAGGAAGAGGAAGUUGCCUGGCAAUGCCAACAACCAGUGGACCAAUCACAAUGAGGCAAGGGAGGAUCUUGAAGAGGAAGAGCCUUCUGGAACCAGGGAUGACACCCGAUAUCCCGU